AUGGGGAACUUUCUGCAAUACAUUCUGGGGGAAUCAGACCCCCAUUUGGAAGACACGUGUAAAGAGUGGAAGCAAGUUGAAGACAGCAAUGCUGAGUUGCUGCAUAAAAUGCAACCCGUCAGCAAUGAUGAAAUUCCCUUGCAAAAUGAAGAAUCUGUGGGUGAGAACGGCGAUGAUGGGGUGUAUGAAGCACAGUGGAAAGCAAGAAAUGUGAUUGUCAAAUGGCAGGCUCCUGCCCGCAGCAAAAUUGUUGGUUUUGCGAAUUUUGGCAAAGCUUGCUCAGUCCUUGCUCUUCACACUUGCAGGCAUGACCCACACAUUGAAAGUGUGCUGGCUUUCUCCAGGGUUGGCUCAGUAAUGAUGGAAUGGGGCCGGGCGGAUUUGGCUAGGUGGUAUAAGGCCUUGGGUAGUGAGCUACCUGGCAGUCGAGGCUUCAUGUCUUAUGGCAAGGUUCAUCUGCCUUGUACCACCUGCACGACGACGAUCCAAAUCCGCUCCUGCACUGUUGCUUAA